AUGAGUCAAGCUAAUACUCCGAAGAUUGAGAGCAACCCCCCGGCAGCAGCAUUGCCAACACCUUCAACAUCAACGCCUGCUGCUACACCUGCCACACCAUAUAGUACUGCACAAUGGGCUCAGCAUCAAAUACCGAUUGACCCGGCACUACAACAACAUACAGCGUCGUCGUACUACCAAUAUCAACACUCACAUUAUCCCCAAGCCUCCUACGGCCACUACCAGCCAUACAUCCCACAGCCUCAGGCUACUCAACAACAACAAACGGGCACCGCUCCCGCCGUUCAACGUCAGACCCAACCUAUCCCGACCGCCGCACCGGUGACGGCCGCACCUCAGACGCAAAAUCAGGCACAAAACCAAAACCAACUAGACACGGCUGAUGUUGCUACACUCAACGAUGCUCUUGGCAGUGCUGGAGUUGACCUGCGAGCAGAAGAAGAAACACUACAGUCACAGUCUACGUACCAUCAGACUUACCGACCUUACGAAGAUCGUUCACGAAAGCAGCCUGUUACACCAAACUUCGACACACGGUUCCUAGGCCCGACGAUCCGUAGUAUCGGCACGAAACACAAAGUUACCAAGAUUCCAGACGACUCUAUCAAUUACAUUGCUCUUGCAUUGCGCGCCCGACUACAAGAACUUGUCACUGCCAUGAUUGAAGCGUCCGCCCACCGCACAGACACGCAAUUUGAUCGUCCUGCGUCGAUGUAUGAGGAUGGGAAGCCUAUGUGGAGUGUGUCCGUGCGAAGGGACGUGGCGAAGCAGCUCGCGGCAUUAGAGAAGGCCGAACGUGAGGAAGAGAUGAAGAUCAGGAGAGAGCGGAAAGAGCUUGCCGCUCAACACGCAGCAGCUCUCGCCGCUGUUUCACCUGGAGGUGCUACGACGACCACAGCGAGCGCACCGGUGGAGGAGGAGGUCGAGGGUCCCAAAAAGAAGAAGAAGAAGACGGAAGGUCCUGGAGUCACGGCGAAGAACAUGUCGGAGGAUGUCCGGAAGAAGAUGUCGAAUGCGGUGGCGAGUCAGGCGGCAGGAUUGGGUACGGGCAAGUAUGCGUGGAUGAACGCGGCCAACACGGUACCAGCUCCUAAACCCAAACCCGCUGCCCCAUCCACCCCAUCUUCCGCACCAUCACCGGCAGCUGGAACUGAAAAAGGGAAUGGUUCAGGCUCAGGAGGUGCAGGCGGGUGGGCGAGGCCUUACGUGUCCGCGGCGAAUAAAUCCCAGUCGACCACUGCGACCCCACAGGAUGACAACAAACGCCUGGUGACCUUACGAGACGCUAUGUUUGUGGUAGGGAAGGAGCGAGGCCACGGAGGUGGGCGUGGUGCUGCUAGAGGAUGGGUCUAAUGCCUCGAUGUUUUCGCACUCCCCCAUUCGCAUUCGAUGUUCCCAAUUGCCGUCUGUAUUCACGGUCCCAUCUCUACGUUCAAUGCUGUGGUGUAUGUUUGUUUUUUCAUCCCCACCUUGACGUUCUCAUGCGUCGAACGAUGUUCAUAUUGCGCUGUUUUUGCCGAGAAGAUUCACCUGAGCAUUGCC